AUGCACGAUGAAUUGAGAAACAACUUUCUGGAUAUGCACAACUAUCGCAGAGCUGCACUGGCAAAAGGAAAUAUUGCCAGAAAGAACGGCAUCUAUUUACCUCAGUCUUCUGACAUGCAAAGAAUGAGAUACGAUUGUGCUUUGGAAAGCAACGCUGCCGACUAUCUGAGCAUAUGCCCGUCAUCCAAAUCAACUGAAUCCUCGCGACCAAAUGUUGGAGAAAAUUUCAUCCGUAUUCCUGAAAAGGGUUUGUCGACGUAUACGGCUGCAGCUCGAAAUAUGGGAUGGUCUACUUCUCGCAAGCUUGGUUGUGCCAUCGCAAAGUGCGGCGGCGAUUAUAUCGCAGCUUGUCGAUACUCGCCUGAAGGCAAUCAUGUGGACCAAGUAAUCUACGGAAAAGGAACUCCUUGCACAGCUUGCGCAGCUGGUUCGUGGUGCACUGAAGAUGCACUUUGCACUUUACCAUAA